CUACCACUGGAUAAACUGUAAAAUGUACAUUGUUUUUAUCCUUUUUAAGCUCAUCAGUCUGUUUAUCUGUGUAUUCUCUGCAGCAUUUGUCAUGACCUGUCAGCCACCUCUCUACAUGGGCCCAGAGUACAUCAAGUACUUCAGUGACAAGACCAUCGACGAGGAGCUGCAGCGGGACAGUCGUGUCACAUGGCUCGUUGAAUUCUACGCCAACUGGUCCUCAGAUUGUCAGUCGUUUGCUCCCAUCUUUGCAAACCUUUCUCUCAAGUAAGAAAUCACACUCUUUACUCCAGUCGCAUUCAGGUUUUCUAAGGUUAAAUAUUUCAGAACAUAAUUUUUUUUAAAUCACCUGCUUCCUACCAAGUUUAAAAGGAUUUGAAUACAGUUUCAGAUGGACACAUGUCAUAAUACACCAUGUCAUUAAAUACUUAAUAAAAAUUGUGCAGGAAUUUUGUUUGGACCACUGUUCUUCACAGCAUUGCUUCAGUUCAUUGAGGUUUGCAGUGAGGCAGUUAUGCACAGCAUUGAGGUCUGGAUUCAACUGGGCCAUCGGAACACUUUGAUUCUGCAGUCAUUCUGUUGUAGAUUUGCUGCUGUGCUUGGGAU